AGGAUUGCGUUGGAUUGCGUUACCCGGAAAACAAUGUCGGAGUGGGAGCUCUUUCUUCACACACUCUCCUUUCAUCUGAUGGUGACGUUUCCCGAUCCAACCGGUGUUGGUAGCUAGCUGGUAGAUAAGCUAGCUGCUAGCUAACCUACUGAGCUACCUCCUCCGCCUCUGAAGGCAGCUGAACGGAGCCGUGAAUGAACCCCGCACCUCAAUGCAUCUCCUGUGGCCGCAAUGGCAGCGACAGAAACGGAGGAUGCUGAAGCUGUUCGGUGUACUGGUUAUCCUCGGACUGGCCCUGGCGUGCAUCACCUCCUGGGUGCUGGACAGCUACGACACGGCUUGGCACCCUAAACGGAGCGUUCAGCACCCGACCCUCGGUGAUGGAGAUGAAUCUAAGUGGAGUUCUCCACCUUUUCCCGGCGGCGAGUUGAACAAUAUAUUCUGGUUUAUACAGGUGUCCGACAUUCACAUUAGCCGAUUUCAUGACCCAAGACGGAUUCCAGAUUUUGAAAAGUUCUGCACUGACACAAUUGAAGUGAUCAAGCCAGCUCUAGUGCUUGCAACAGGGGAUCUGACAGAUGCUAAAACAGAGAGUAAAGUGGGAUCCCUCCAGCAUGAGGUGGAGUGGCAGGCCUACCACAACAUCCUGAAGAGGUCACGUGUGAUGGAGCGUACUAGGUGGAUAGACAUCCGUGGAAAUCAUGAUGCCUUCAACAUUAUGUCAUUGGACAGCAUCAACAAUUAUUACGGGAAAUACUCAGCUAAUCAGAAAGUUGGUUCGUUUCACUACGUUCACAAAACUCCCUUCGGCAACUACUCCUUUGUCUGUGCGGAUGCCACUCUGACUCCAGGACCCAAGAGGCCGUACAAUUUCUUUGGUAUUCUCAACCAGACUCAAAUGGACUUGCUGGACACGUUCAGAGCUGAGAGUCUGAAAAGCAACCAGUCGAUCUGGUUUGGCCACUACACCACCUCCACUAUCGUCUCCCCUUCUCCAGGAGUUCGGGACAUAAUGAGAUCUGCAGUUGCGUAUCUGUGCGGCCACCUGCACACACUGGGCGGCCUGAUGCCCGUCCUCCACAGCCGACAUCCCCAAGGAGCCCUGGAGCUGGAGCUGGGCGACUGGAUGGACAACCGCAGGUACAGGGUUCUGGCCUUUGACCAUGACCUGCUGAGUUUCUCUGACCUGAAGUUUGAGCAGUGGCCUGCAGUGCUCAUCACCAACCCCAAGGACGCCCAGUACCUGCAUCCUGGAGUGGAGCCACUGGGUCGAAUACAGCGAUCGACACACAUCAGGAUCUUGGCCUUCUCAGAGGCUCCAAUCACAGCAGUGCACGUGAGCGUAGAUGGGGAACCUCUGGGGAAAGGCCACUCUGCUGGAGGUCCUCUCUAUGUUCUGCUGUGGGAUCCGUCUCUCUACCUCACUGGACUGCACACCAUCAGAGUUAAAGUGGAGGACUCGGCAGGCCGGUCGUCAGUGCGGGAGCAGCACUUUACUCUGGAGGACGACCUGACUCCCAGCUUUGGCUUCGUGCAGUCCUUCAUCCUCCUCACAGACCACUACAUCCUGGCCCGAGUAGCCUUCAUAUUUAUGAUGCUGCUGAAUAUCUGUGUGCUGCUGGCCUUCAGGUUCCUGCGUGUUCCUUCUGGGAGAGGAUUGACCUCUCAAGCGUGUAUGUCGCUCCAUCUUGUCAGUACAAUGGACACCUUCUACUACUCUCUGCUGCUGUUUAACCUGUGUACAGCUUUAGGUCCGUGGUUCAUAGGAGAGCUGAUAGAUGGCCAUAGUGGUGCCUGCUUCGCAUUCGGGGUGUUCAUCGAUGGACACUUCCUGGAGGGCAGUCUCACUUAUGUUGUUGGAGUCGUUCAGCUGCUGUUCUUCAACAUGCCCCUCACCUCUUAUCUGUGCUGGAGCCUCCACCAUCGUUGCCGUGGCAACACCUUCCGAUCCCACUUCCUGCGGCCGGGCUGCCUCUGGCGGACUCUGGUGGUUCACCUGUUCAUGCUGCUGCUGCUCAUCUGGCAGGCCCACUCCUGCUACUUUCUCCUGGAAACCUACGGCCUUGUGGCCUUUUUUCUUUCUCCUGUUCGCACAUGGGCGUUAGGGCUCAGUCUGCUAUUGGUCUACCGUGCCUGGACAGGCCCCGCCCCUCUCAGCAAGAGCGUCUCUCCCUCUUGACAGUAAUUGCACUGUACCACCACGAUUUCCCUUGCACCUGACUCACAGAUAUAUUUUGCUGUCUCUAUCCACCCUGAAAGCCUCAAUUUUCCCCCACACAGCAGCCGUCACCCUCCUCCUUUCUUUCUCUCCUCCUUCCAAAGCCACUUCACAGUACAUCACUCACUAUCCUGUUUCUAGAUAGUAUUGUUUACUUAAUAUGCAUGUUAUUGUAAAGCACCAGUGAGCACAUUUCUGGCCAUAUUCAUAGCAAUGUGUACAGUGUAAAAAACAAAACAAAAACACCUUGGAUACAUUAAGGGUUAAAUAGCCUAUUUGAGGACUGGUCCAAUGUGUGCUGCAGUUGACAGUAUACUGUAUAAGAGCUGUAUUCUUCUGUGGUUUAAGCUGACUCAUUUACUUGAGCACUUUUUGGAAGUGUUGCCUUGGCCGAAUGCCACUUCACCACUGCCAAAGGAUGAAUAAGAAAGAUUUCACCUUUUAUUCUUCCCUCUGAAAACCAUUUUCAUUCACUAAUGAAGGCUGGACGUGCCAAACUGAUGCUCUUCUUUACCUUACGACACAAAAAUCAUACGGAUAAGACAGGUGUACGCAUCAUUUUGUAUACUGAGCUUUUCCAAACUUCCCACGGCUGACAGAGCGUGGUAGUUACAGUAACCUUAAUGAAGAUGACACAGGUAAUUCAACCUAGACGAUCAUAUUUACAAGUUUAUUCUACACAUAAUUACAGGAAAUCAAAGGAAGGACAUUACAAAUCAGUUGCAUACUGUAGUUGAGCUGUCUACAAGUAGUUAAUGAUUGAAAGUGUUUUUAAAUAAAAUUAAUCCCGUUGCACACAACUGCCACUAAAAACUUCUCAAUAUUUGCAUUGAAUAGUCAUAUCAAAAACUUAAAUGCCAGUUUUCACCAAAACACAAAAACAAGCCGGCCUGACUCUUCGUGCUCCUUCAAACGUGAAUACAGGAAGCAGCUGUUUGUUUCUCAGGAAUGUGAGCACUUGAACAACAGGCUGGUCCCAGUAGUAUUUCAGGACAAUAUUUUUAUACUCCAUAGUAGCUCAGUGAACUACAACCAUGUCAAACAAUCGAGAUGUGUGGUGGCUAAAAAAGCUAAAUGAAUGUGUUUAUAGAUGUGGUGAAAUGAGAUGAACCAGGACUAUGCUCUUUUUAUUUAUUCAUUCUGAUUGUAUUGAGUGAUUCCUCCCUUUCAUGUUAUAUAUCUGCACUGGAAAUGGGUGUUCUUCAGCUCCCUCAUGGUCAGUAGUGGUUAAUUUUGGAAGUUAAUGUGGCAGCUUCGUGUGUGAAAACUUGUUUGUCUGUAUUGCUCAGAAUGUGAAUUCAUUUUUUUGUUAAGGUGUGAGAGCAGUUAACUGUGUCUGUUGCACUCGUAUUCAAUCCUUUCUAGUCUUGUUAGUAGCAGGUGCUGGAAUCCACAAGAAAUACGAAAAAAAAGAGACAUAAAUAGGGUGAAGACCACAUUUAUCAAGUCUUUUAAUAGCAGCAAUGUUCCAACAGAGUUAGAUCCUUUCUUCUUUUUUUUCAAACCAUACCCUGCGUGAGUGCAGAAUAAUUGCUCAGCGCUGUGAUAAGACACCCAGUUUAAUAUUAGAACAGCUGCUACACAGAAAAUUAAAUUACGUGCACUCUUGCUGGUAAUGGUUCUAAUAACUUUCUUUUAUACUGUCUGCAUAUAAAUGUUUUGUGCAGGAGCAUUACCAAGUGUAUAAUUCCAGCAUAAAAGACAUUUAAAAUUGUUGGAGUUUUUGUUAUUAGAGUUUUUUUCUAAUGAUGCUCAGUAUGUAAUGUGUCCACAAGGAGGCAGUAUUGAAUGGAUUAAGAGGGUAAUUAGAGAUGACUGCUGCAUUUCACUUCCACCUCCAAAUUAUGCAUGGUACCGUUUUUCGUUGUUUUGUUUUUUUUGCAGAAAAGCACCAACACCUAGUUUCGAUUGUUCUGUACUGUACACUAAUUUGACUGAGACAGACAUCGACUCCACCACCAUCACCAAGGAAUAUACUGUAAGUCAUGUACUGGUGUUCACAUGACUUAUUCUGCAUCCCCUCCUAUCUUCGAACACUGAAGUGUAUAUGAAUGAAUAGAAGAUGAUUUUACACCUGCCACAUAUUUUUCUCGUGACAACUGAAAUUAGAGCCAAUCACAAUUUUAUUUUAUUAAUGGUUUAUAGUGCUGUGGAAUAAAAAUCUUCAUUACAGUAAAUCA